GGUGAAUGCAGGGUCUGGGGGAUCAGAUAUAGUGAUGCAGGGUUUGGGGAGAGCGGAUAUAGUGAAUGCAGGGUCCGGGGAGAACAGAUAUAGUGAAUGCGGGGUCCGGGGAGAGCAGAUAUAGUGAAUGCAGGGUCGGGGAGAGCAGAUACAGUGAAUGCGGGGUCCUGGGAGCGGAUACAGUGAAUGCGGGGUCCGGGGAGACCGGAUAUAGUGAAUGCAGGGUCCGGGGAGACCGGAUAUAGUGAAUGCAAGGUCCGGGGAGACCGGAUAUAAUAAAUGCAGGGUCCGGGGAGAACAGAUAAAGUGAAUGCAAGGUCCGGGGAGACCGGAUAUAGUGAAUGCAGGGUCCAGGGAG